UCAAAAUUUUUAGCAAACGCCAAAAUUCGCGUUUUCUGCAUUCUGCUCGCCGAACAAUACACAAACUGAGCCGGCAUUUUCGGAAAAGUGGAAAUUUUACCUACAAUUACUACCGAGUUUUGGUAAGUGAUCGAUAGAGAGUCUCCAAUUUACUGCAGUGAGUAUCCCAGCCGGGCAGAAAAUGGCUUCAAUCGCGAAAAAAGUGAAGAAAUCCGACGACGCAUUGGAAGACGAAUCGGAAGCGUUGGAAGCGAUCGACAGCUGCCAAAAUGAAAUCGAUGCCCUGAACGAGAAAGCCAGCGAGGAAAUCCUUAAAGUGGAACAAAAGUACAACGGGCUGCGGAAGCCGUACUUCCAGAAGCGAAACGAAAUCAUCAAGCGCAUUCCGAGCUUCUGGGUGACGGCCAUCGUGAACCAUCCGCAGAUCUCCGGCAUUCUCGAGGAAGAGGAAGAAGAGUGCCUGCAGUUCAUGGAGAAGCUCGAGGUGGAAGAGUUUGAGGACAUCAAGAGCGGCUAUCGCAUUCACUUCUAUUUUGACGAGAAUCCGUACUUCGAGAACAAGGUGCUGACGAAGGAGUUCAACCUGGGAUCGAGUGGAGAAACGCCGGUUUCGACCAGCACCGCCAUCAAGUGGAAGCCGGAUCGCGACCUGACCAAGAUGUUGCCAAAGAAGGCGAUGGCCAACCGGCGGAAGCGCGGUCUCGAGUACCGGACGUUCUUCGACUGGUUCACGGACAAUAACGAUCCGAUCAACGACGACAUCGCCGAACUGAUCAAGGACGACUUGUGGCCAAAUCCGCUCCAGUACUACCUGGUGCCGGACAUCGAGGUGGAACCGGAACCGGAGGAAGACUAUAACGAAGAGGAUUUUGGCGACGACGGUGAAGGCGAAGAGGAAGAGGACGAAAUCGAGGAGGAGGAAGAGGAAGCUUAAGACAGAAUUUUUUUUUUGUGCGUGGAGAUCGAUAUUACGGAUCAAAAGUUUAUAAGUCUUUUGCUGCCACCUUGGGUAAGCAUACAGAAGAAUGGUUUAUUUAUUACUCUAACUUUGACGAGUGAGACUCAAGUCGUAGUCUGCACAUGUUUCGUUCUACGUUCGAUUAAAGUCCGUUGUCACAUUCUCCAGCAGGAUGAAUAGGUACUAUUGUUUCAAUUGCUGCACCGUUGAUAUGAAAUCUAUUAGGACCUCAGUGUUUCCUUAUAGCGAAUAGAACCAUCCUUAGGCCAUUUGUGUUAAAUCAAUCACUAUUGUCACUCAAAAUCAAACCUUUAUCGAUAAUUAUAGCCACCUAUAGGUACGACAGUGGAGAAACGCCCAUAUGGGUUUCUCCGACGCAGGAAUUAUGACAGACAUUAUUAAGUAUUAUUAUUGGCAGAAAAUGGUACCGCAAUUGAAUUAUAUAUGGCUGGCUAAUAAACAAACACUACUUGAAAUAGAGUUAAUGAUGAAUAAAAUGGAUACGUAGUGAAAACGUGA